CCCAGCAUUCUGAAGACUGGCCUCAGCUUUUGAGACUUGGUGCUCUUUCUCUCUGCUUCUCCUGAGUAGCUGCAAACCUACUUGCAGGGGAGUUCAUGAUCAAGUGAUUGUCUGAUCGAUGUCUGUAUCCCUCACUACACUGGAAGUGCCACGGUAGCUCUCCUGCUCUCCUUGCCACCAGAUCCCCAGUGUCCGCACGACUCCAUGGACCCUGAAGACAGAAGCUAACACUGACUGUGCAUUUACUAAGGCCCGGCUGCAGUAAUUUUUUAAAUCAACUCGAAAAUGAGGUUCUGCAAAGCCCAGUGGGUAGGGAUGCCAAGAAGGUCAGGGUCCUGCUGAUGCUUCCCUUCUCCCCCUCGUCCUAAAACCUCCUGUUCCUCCCUCCCGGAGAGCCCAGGAAAGUGUCACCCAGACAGGAGGCUGAAGCCACAUGUGGGAGUUUCUGAAACCUGGAUUUGCUAUGCGGCCUUAGGCAAGUCACUUCACUUCCUCUCUUUGGGCCUCAGUUGCCUUAUCUGUCACAGAGGGACAAUAACUGCUGCCUUGCCCACUUCCAAGGGUAGUUGUGGAGGCUCAAAGCAGGGCUGGGCUGAUUUCUUGGCCCCGGCAUUAAAAGGGACAUAGCAAAACUGGAGAAGGUCCCCAGGGAGCGAUCAGAAUGGAGCAGGGGCCCCUGGUCCACCAGCUGCAGCAGGAGGACCAAGAAAUCAGGCUCUAUUUUGUGCCCAGCCGAGGGCUUGGCACACGGAGGGUCAUUAAUGCACAUUUAUAAGUGAUAAAUCAGUGAGAGUUCCCACUGGGAAUGAUGACAAAGGUUAGCCUGGAGAAGAGGUUCAUGGGAAAUCAGCGAAUUGAUCUCCAAGCUGCAGAAUGGCUGUGAUGAGAAACUGGGGAGAGAUGGUUAGAGACAGGUCCUGGGGACAGGUGUAAGAGCACAAAUUUCAAUUCCAUAUGAGGGCCAUGGGGGAAUGAGCUCUCAUUAAGGGUUUGCAACGUGUCUUGUAACUGGAUAGGAAUAGCUAAGUUCUACUGAGCCCUGCUGCGAGGCUGUAAAGGUUAGGGUGGGGAUCCUGUGUCUGGAGCCAUGUGGCCUGCAUUUGAAUCUUUGCUUUGCCACUAACCAGCUGUGUGACCCUGGGAGAGUUACAUCCCAUCUCUGUAAACUGGGGUAAUAAAGUUGCUUACUCAGGAGUAGCUCUAAGGAUUACAGCAUGUGUACGUUUAUCCAUCGGUCCGUCCUAGAACAGAGCCUGGCAAAUAGUGUUCAGUAAGUGCUGUGCGAUUGUUGGCCAAUACCAUUACUUUUUCUUGGUCCCAAACUAUUUGGUUUCACUUAAUCUUUAUGAUGAUCCUACAAGAAGUGCUGCUAUUAUCCCCAUGAUCUACACAGGGACACUGAGGCUCACGCACAUUCAGCAAUGUCCCCAGUGCCACCCAUCUUGAACGUGGCAGCGCCAGAACUUGAGAUAACCUUUCUGCUCUCCUGCAGCCCUGCGGUUGGAGGAUCAGAUGAGACCGUGAGUGGCACAGCUCCGGAGGAGGUGAAAGGGAUGUGUACAGGAGCAUCAAAGCUUCACUUUGUUCUAGGUCCUGAAAUGUGAUGGAGGAGGAAAUAGACUCUGAGACUCUGGGCAACAGGCACAUGUCCCUGCCCUUCUGGAAAUCUUGGGUCCAGGGGAGGACAAGGUGAGAAAACAGGCUCUUCCGUGAACUAGAGACAGAGCUGAACUGGAACUGCGAGGACUACACCUGCUGUUUGCAGCCCAGAGCUGCUUCUGCCUCGACAGAUGGCUAUUCACCGCUCACUCAGGCAGCCUGCCCUUCAUAUCCUCCCCGUACUCGCCUGCCCUCUCUUGAGCCUCCUUGCUUUUCCUUGAACACAUCACACACACCCCUGCCCCAGAACAUCUGCACGAGCUGUUCCCUCUGCCUGGAAUGCUCUUCCCACCGACGCCCACCUGACUCGCCUCCUUGCCUCACUCUGCUGAAGCGUACCUCCCGGACCACGUACCUGUGUCCAGCAGCUCCUCAUCCUCCCACAUGCCGGGCCCAUGUCACUUACCUUCCUGGCACUGACCACCUACCUGACCUUUCGUUACAUGAUGUAGUUAUAUAUUAUAGCUGCUCUACUAUAUCCAGUUUUAUAACUAUUGAUUCUCUCCCUCUUCUCUCCAUCUGCUCCUUGAGGUCAGGAGUUUUGUCUGUUUGGUUCACCAUUCUACCCCCAGCAGCUAGUACAGUUUCUGACACACACCCCGAGCCAUGAUGAAGACCUUGUCCAGCGGGAACUGCACGCUCAGCGUGCCCGCCAAGAACUCGUACCGCAUGGUGGUGCUGGGUGCGUCGCGGGUGGGCAAGAGCUCCAUCGUCUCUCGCUUCCUCAACGGCCGCUUCGAGGACCAGUACACGCCCACCAUCGAGGACUUCCACCGGAAGGUCUACAACAUCCGCGGCGACAUGUACCAGCUGGACAUCCUGGACACGUCUGGCAACCACCCCUUCCCCGCCAUGCGCAGGCUCUCCAUCCUCACAGGUGACGUCUUCAUCCUGGUGUUCAGCCUGGAUAACCGGGAGUCCUUCGAUGAGGUCAAGCGCCUCCAGAAGCAGAUCCUGGAGGUCAAGUCCUGCCUGAAGAACAAGACGAAGGAGGCGGCAGAGCUGCCCAUGGUCAUCUGUGGCAACAAGAGCGACCACAGUGAGCUCUGCCGCCAGGUGCCUGCCGCCGAGGCCGAGCUGCUGGUGUCGGGGGACGAGAACUGUGCCUACUUCGAGGUGUCGGCCAAGAAGAACACCAACGUGGACGAGAUGUUCUACGUGCUCUUCAGCAUGGCCAAGCUGCCGCACGAGAUGAGCCCCGCGCUGCACCGCAAGAUCUCUGUGCAGUACGGCGACGCCUUCCACCCCAGGCCCUUCUGCAUGCGCCGCGUCAAGGAGGUGGACGCCUACGGCAUGGUCUCGCCCUUCGCCCGCCGGCCCAGUGUCAACAGUGACCUCAAGUACAUCAAGGCCAAGGUCCUUCGGGAGGGCCAGGCCCGGGAGCGGGACAAAUGUACCAUCCAGUGAGCGGGAGGGACCCCGGGUGGGUUUGGGCCGUGCCUUAUGGGAGGUGGCCCUGCGCCUGCCGUCCACAUUCCUCCCGCCAUGAGGCCCGAGCGAUGGUCCAGUUCAAAGAGCGUUGGCGCCAGGAUGGAGCAGGCCAGACUCUAAUCUCUGUACAUUCUCCUGCGUCCUUGCCGCUUCCCUCUGAUUCCUCUUCUCCGAGGUUCCCCCCUCGUUUUAGCUCCUCUGUGCGGGGCCAGAGACAAGGCUGGGAGAUGAAGGAAGUAUGCAGGGACCCAAGCCAGAGCCUUCCUACCCUUGGGUUGCAAGAACCGCUGAUGUCAGAGGGGCUGGGAUCCCUACAUCCCCUAGGGCCUCCUGGACAGUCCAGGAUGAAAAGAACUCCAGCUCCAUGGGAGGGUCUCCACUGUGCUGGGGUGAGACCCAGCUUGGCUUAGGUGGUGGCUGGGAGACGCCCCCUCCCAAUCCUAAAAUUCUUGCCCUCUGGCUUGGCCGUGACUACCCCUGCCCCCAAAGCUGGCCGCCAGCUGGUCCUGACAUCAAGCCGGUGGCAUUUGUGUGUGUGAAGGGAGGCAUGUCCCGUCUCCUGGACCACGUCCAGGCCCUGCACCACCUCCCUCAGCCUCCGCCCCCAGGCCCUCACAGCUGCAGGGCGUGCUUUGCUAGUGCUGACGUUCUUGCGUUGUGUGUAGCGGUAGCAAUGGAAACCAUUGUACUGUGAGCACCUAAUGACCUCUCGUUGGCCAGAGCCCCCACUCAUCCCCCCAGUUCAGAUUCACUGCCCCUGCUGAGGACACACCUCCCUGGUCCCAGGCGGGCUUCCCAGGGCCUGCCUGCAGCUACACUCACAGACCGCUGGGCCAGGGCAGAGGCAGCCGCGGCUCUGAGCGGAGGGACGCGCCCAGCCCACGCCACCUGCAGCUAGUUCAGGGCAGAGCUCUGCCUAGAACCAGGUCUCCCAUGCUUGUUCCACAAGCGUUUACUGAGCUCCUGCAGGGUGCGGGGGUCACUGUGUGCUAGGAAACUGCAGAGUGUGAGCCAUGCACUUUACGGCCCCGGCGCCAGGCCCCCUAGCCUCAGCCUGUCUCCCUUCACCCCCCGACUGCCCCACUGCCUUUUGCACAGCAGCUCUUGGGAGGCGCAGCACAGCAGCCAGGAACCAGAGCUGAGCCCCAGAGAGGCCGGUGAGAAAAGCUCCCGGUGGGUCUUUCCCUCCUGCCUGGGAUUGGACUAUGCUGGGAACUAGGUGUGGGAGUUGAACCUGGAGACCAAAGGUCUUGUGAUCAGAUCAGCUCUUAACAAAUACAUUUUGUGUCUUAAUAUCUUUUAAAAUAUUGAAGUUUAGGGCUACAAGGACCCUUAGUGAUUAUCUACUGAGUCUAAGGCCCAGAGAGGGUAAGUAACUAGCCUCAGGUCACAGAGCAAGUCUAUGAAUGGCAGGAGCAGGGCCAGGUCUGGGCGUUCAGCACACACCAAGAUGUGCCCCUUUCCUGAUGCUUCCUCAGCCCCUGGGGCCUUCAGAGAUUUGAAGUGUCUUCUCUCCAACCCUCUCCCUAACCUGGUCUUUGAGGGUUCUAUAGACUCUGUGUACAUCAUGUCCAUGUAUUUGCACGUCCACGCACGUGAACACACAGACAAAUACAUGCCCUAGCCCCAGCUCUGCAUACCCUACCCCCUGCCCUGGCAACUGCCGCUCAAGGCGGCAGCUCUGACCCUGCAUCUGUGCCCCUGCCCGGCCGCGGCCUGAACCCUCUAAGCAGACCAGGGACCUUGGCCAGGACAGGUGUGUGGCCUGCUGUCACCUGGUCACACCCCUGCUGCCCUAGAUCUCUGUGUACACUACCAAUUAAAGUGGGUUUGUUUCUAA